AUGUUCAGACAUCAAACUGGAGGAUCCAUAAAUAUUUAUGAUCAAGGGGGAGGUUCUCGUGCAAGUGUUAGUGGUGGUGAAAGGCCUGAGGAUAUUGCUUUUGCUUUGAGGUCUACAGAUAUUAGUCUUGCCAGGACCAAAAGCAUGAAGCAACCGAAAAUUAAGGGGGGUUUACUGAAAACAUUAAGGAAGAAGCUUGGAGAAGCAGUAAGCAAGUUUAUUAUUUAUGAACGCUUACCCAUGAAUUUGUCUAACUCUCCUUGGCUACACAAUUUGAUAGUUGCAGCUGCUGAAGUUGGAAAAAAUGUUAAAUGUCCAACACCUUAUGAAGUUUCUGAUGUUUAUUUAGAAGCGGAAUACAAUACCAUGCAGGAAUGGAUAAAAACUUUGAAAGGCACAUGGAAAGAUAAAGCGACAAGAGACACUGAUUUUUACUUCCAGUUGUUAGAUAAAAUUGUUGAAGAGGUGGGAGAAGAACAUGUAGUUCAAGUGGUUACAGAUAAUGAAGCAGCAUUAAAAGCAGUUGGUCAUAAGCUAAUGGAUAAGAGGCCCCAUCUUUAUUGGUUUGCAUGUGCUGCUCAUUGUUUAGAUCUUUGCUUGGAGGAUAUAGGGAAAAAGAAAAAUGUGCAGGCCGUAUUGAAUGAUGCAAAGACUGUGACUAAUUUUAUCUACAACCACAUAUGGACUGUGAGUCUCAUGAAACAAUUUACAAAUGGUAGAGAAAUUGUCCGGCCUGGUAUUACUCGGUUUGCAACACAAUGCUUACAGCUUCAAGCAAUUCUGAAACAAAAGGAUGGCUUGAUCAAGAUGUUUGACUCUCAAGCGUUCAAAAGAUCUAAGUUUGGGAGAGAUAAAUCUGGUGUUGCAUUUGAAGCCCACAAAAUUGUUAAUGAUAAAGAAUUCUGGUCGAAGUCUGUUGACAUAUUGAAAAUAUUUGAGCCUCUGGUAAAAGUUUUGAGGUUGUGUGAUGGUGAUGAGAAACCUACAAUGGGUUUUCUUUAUGAAGCAAUUGAUCGAGCUAAGCAAUCAAUUCAAAAAGAUGUUCGUUGUUUUCAACGUUACCAUGAGUACAUAGAUGAACGUUGGAGUUAUUUUUUGAAUCCGCAAUUUCAAUAUGGACUUCAACAUUGGAGAGAUGUAUACAAAGAAACAUUUGAUGGAACUAAAAAGGUCAUAAUGAGAUUGGAAAGAAACAUGGAAGAUCAAAUACAAGCUUUGAACCAGUUGAUGAUUUUUAAAGACAAAGGUGAGACAUUUGAUACACCUCAAGCACAAAUGGGAUGGUCUAAAAUGAAUCCAGCUGAACGGUGGGAAGUAUUUGGUGAAUGUGCUCCGCAACUUACACGUUUGGCUAGGGGUGUCCACCGGUCGGUUAUGUUGAAAAUGAGGCAUCAGAAGAGAAGAAGUUCAGAAGAAAUUGAAAAAAGUUUCAAUCCUAUCAAUCUUGACUACAUAUUUCAAGAAGAUGAUCCAUUAUCACCUUGGAUUGAAGAAAGAGAAAAUCCAGUGUUAGAUGGAACACAAGAUUCACAAUGGUUGCCUAUAGAUAGUUCAGAUGAUGAACUUGUGGAAGAUGGCGGCGGUGACACAAAUUCCAAUGGAAGUCGUGGUGCUUUGAGUCCACCAAGUAACAACAGUGGUGGUGGUGGAAAUGAAGUUGGUAAUCAAGGAAGUGAACAGGGUGAUGAAGAGGAUGAUCAAAGGAUGAAUGAUCCAUACCAAGAGAUGCCACAUACUAGACGUGACCAAAAUCUAGUGACUGAUAUGACUGGUCUUAGAUUAGGUCGGUACUCACAAUCUAAAAGAGAAAGAUCAACACAAAAUAUUCCACUUGAAGAAUCUUCUUCUCAUGUUGCACAAAGCUUUAGUGACUUUAGCAUUGAUGAAUAUAAUACUCACAAUGAGUACUCAAGUGAUGGAGAUCCUUCCUUGAACCACUCACCAAUUAAUUAUGAUCCUUAUUAUCAACAAUAA